GUUUGCUAUUUGUCAUCCAUUUAUAAAAAGGGGGGCUCGGGCACAGUCCUAUUGGUAGGCUCAAGGACCGUCAGUUAAAUAUGUAUAUGUGCAUAUAUAUCUAUAAAUGUACAUACGUAACGCUGGCUGUAGCACAGGACUGUUGAUGGGGGGUUUGCUGAUGACAAGAAAAGUGUCUUUGUUUGAAGGAAAAAGAAAGCAGACGGUGAGCUGAUGACGUUGAACUACGAACAAAUUUCUCCACAGUUAUAUAUACAAGCAUGCCGAUUCAGGCGCCCUCAUGGACAGACUUUCUCAACUGUCCCAUCUGCUUCAAUGAGUUCGAAGCCAGCCAACGUGUGCCGAUCAGCCUGGGCUGCGGCCACACUAUAUGCAAGCCCUGUCUGACCACACUUUACAAUCGGCAAUGUCCCUACGAUCAGACUCUAAUUGUAACGGACAUCGAAAAUUUGCCUUUCAACUAUGCGCUGCUGCAGCUGGUAAGCAAUGGAAACGGGAAUGGCAAUGGCAAUGGAGGUGGAGCUGGUGGUGGCAAAAGCGUUGCCAACAAGGAAGCGGAGAUGGGAGAUUUGGCGCCAAGUGUGCUUAAGCUGCAGCCAGAACAGCUGAAGUGCUAUAAGCUGGGCAAGAAAUGCAUCGAAGUUCUGGCCUUGCAUUUGAAAUCCUUUUCAAAUUUGAACAGCAGCAAUUUGCUUACCAGGCCCAUGCAACGCAAGUUGGUUACGCUGGUUAAUUGUCAGUUGAUGGAGGAGGAAGGUCGUGUGCGAGCCUUGCGUGCUGCUCGCUCCUUGGGUGAACGUACCGUAACCGAGCUAAUUCUGCAGCAUCAGAAUCCACAGCAGCUCAGCUCGAAUUUGUGGGCAGCGGUGAGAACACGUGGCUGCCAGUUCCUAGGUCCUGCCAUGCAGGAGGAGGUACUCAAGCUAGUGCUGCUCGCUCUUGAAGAGGGCUCUGCGCUUUCUCGCAAGGUGUUGGUCAUGUUUGUGGUACAGCGAUUGGAGCCGCACUUCCCGCAAGCCUCGAAGACAAGCAUUGGUCAUGUGGUGCAGCUGCUCUAUCGCGCUAGCUGCUUCAAGGUGUCCAAGCGUGAGGCUGACUCAUCGCUGAUGCAGCUCAAAGAGGAAUUUCGCACCUACGAUGCACUAAGACGCGAACACGAUGCACAGAUUGUUCAAAUAGCCACAGAGGCUGGCCUGCGCAUUGCCCCCGAACAAUGGUCGUCGCUAUUGUAUGGCGAUAUAGCACACAAGUCCCACAUGCAAAGCAUCAUUGACAAGCUACAGACGCCGUCUGCGUUUGCGCAGUCCGUACAGGAGCUGGUCAUUGCGUUACAACGAACCAGCGAUCCAGCCAAGUUGGCACUUUUGCACAGUCAUCUGCAAUAUUUAGCAAGCAUUGAUCCGAGCGUAGAGGUAGCGGCCUGGGAGGACGUGUCCAAGGCCUUGGACGCUGUGCAGAAUGCUGUAAUGGGUCUGGUUCAGUACUUGCAGCACCAUGGCAUACGCAAGCCACAGGACAGUAAUCUGGCCGGUGGUUCAGCAAACAACAACAACACCAAGUACAAGAUAAGUAUGUGCCGCGAUCUUAAUCCUCGACGUGUGUGUCCCCGCGGAGCCAGCUGCACUUUUGCCCAUUCGCAGGAGGAAGUGGAACGCUAUCGAGCACGCAAUCGUGGAAAGCAUAUCAAGUCACCCAUGAACAUGGCAAUGUCCAAUAUGCCGCCAGGUGGCAAGAAGACGUUGCCACUAGGCAACGAAGUGCCAGCUGGUGCCAUGCUGCCAAUAUCGCCAAUACGCUAUAUUCAACCACCACCACCAGCACCGCCUACUCGUGGCUUUCUUGAGCCCAAUUGUAAUAUGCCGCCAGCGGCACACAAUCUGUCACCUGGUGCCGUACAUCCACAGAUGCUAAAUGCGCACCACAGUCCGAUUGGCCGACAGCAACAGCAACAACAUGCAGCGCUGAACGGACUGCUGGUGCCACCACCACCACCAUUGCGAUAUGAGCAACGCUUUAACUUUGCACCACCGCCACGCAACGCAGCGCGUAUUAACCCACCGAACUUCAAUAACAGCACCAACAACAGCAGUAACAACAACAACAGUAACCUACAUAAUCACAAUAAGAGCUUCUGCAGCAUGCUUCCAGCGGAUGUUUAUCAUACGCCCUACUUUGGCAACGAGGCCAAAGGCAACGUCGAAAUGUCACAAAAACUAGGCGGCAAUCCAUGGGAGCAUACAUAUAUGCCGACGCUAGUGCCGCCGCCGCCGUCCAGCAAAAAUCCCAGUCGAGCUAUGUCGACAAUUUCACAUUCAACAGCUGAUACCUCAUUUUAUGAAAAGAAACCGCCGAGUAAUGUUAACAUCGAGCCGAUGAGCGAGACUGCAGCAAAUGCCGAAUCCAUGCCAAUGUUUAGACCCAGCAACACCGGCAACCACAACAAUAGCAACAACAACAGCAACAGCAACGACAACAGCUCAUUGAUAUUCUGGAACAACAGCAACAAGGAUUCGGCGAACUUUGUGCGUUCCGACUCCAUAUUGGAUGACGAAUCAUCCACAUUUGAUGUGCCCACCGGCUCAUCGAUAAACAGUCGCUAUGGUCCCAUUUGUCCUAAACGCAAUAUGGCAAACAAUUGGAACAAUUGGCUCAUGGAGAAUGAGUCGAAGAAUAAUAACGAGUUCCUCAGUGAGAAGGGCACAGGCUAUGCAGGAUAUGAGCCUAAGCCAGGCUAUAAACCAGAGCACAAUGACAGCACCAAUGCCAAUAAGAACGUCGCUGGACGCGAUAGCGUGUUCAUUUGGAACAACGAACUGAAUGCAAAUGCCAGCAGCCCAUCGACCAAUUAUUGGAACAGCAGCACAAGCAGCACGCCAGCGGAAAGACUGAAGCAGCCCGAUAAGAAGCCAAUGCUGAUGUCCGAGGAUAGCAUGGAGGGUGGCAUCGAUAGCGGCAUGAUGAGCGAGCUAGAAAAGAAUCUAGUGGACAUUGUGGAGGUCUGGUCGAAUCCAGAUGACAGCGGCAUCAAGCUGGACUAAGCCAAGGAUAUAUAUGUUAUAUAUAUAUAACAAAACAUCGUUCGGUCGUUCGUUUGUUUGAUCGAUCGAGUGGAAACAUAAUGCAAUCAUUUUACAAAAUGUCAUUUAGGGGACAUUUCGACAGGUUUGUAAACCGCACAGCUUAAAAAAUUCUAGAAUUUUUCAAACUAACUAACUCUAGCAAAUAGUUAAAGGUUGAUCAUUAUUCGAUCGGUCCAUAAAGAAAGAUAAAAGAAACACAAAACAGAAUAUAAAAAAAAAACAAAUUUGGGUAGGGGAUAUUAGAAUUUUAAAAUGUAACUAUGUAAUUGUCUAUUUAAAGGUGUUGUCAAGCUCUAUAUAUAUAUAUAAUGUUCGGAAUGAUCGAACUUUAGUCCGUAUUAUUGUUCAUUUGGGUUUAAAAAUUGAUUCACAUAGUGUUUAGAAUACUUGAUGUCUAUAACUAGCCACGAUCUUUUAGCACAACAAUAAUAUAUAGAUCUAGUUUAUAGAUAUAUUCAAAUUGCUAAAAAAUUAAAUAUUCAUAAUUUCCAUAGAUAUUGGAUAGUUGCAACCCAAAAAUAGAUAAAACUAAUGAAGAAGAAAAUGCCAAACAAGCUGCAGGAAAAUUAUUCGCAAUGUCCGUGUAAGAGUCCCGCCUUAAAAGCUCUAGAUCUAGAUAUAUGAGAGUACGCAACCUCUAUAAUGUAUUGGAAUCGUAUGCCAAAGUGCGGAAGCCAACCCACAUAAUGCUGUUAUGAUGUGGGUAGUUCCGAGGUCGACUCGGGCAUUAUAUGUAGGCGUGACUGUUCCAUUUGAAGCUAAAAGAGAAACAAUUUUUAGUUUGCUUUUAUUUAAUUUGUUCUUAAAUUUUUCCUUUUUAAUUAUUAACUAUGUGAAAU